UAGAUAUCCGAGUUUUAUUUUUCAGUCAAAAUACAUAUCUCACUGUGUCCACGCAGGAGUCUGAAGCCACGGUUCUCCUCAGGUGGCCAUAUUGCUCUGGUAAACCCCAGGAAAGAUGUCUCAUCGGAGUGGGCAAGAGGACCCAGAGCGCUACCUGUUUGUGGACCGGGCUGUGGUUUACAACCCGGCCACACAGGCUGACUGGACAGCCAAGAAGCUUGUGUGGGUUCCUUCAGAGCGCCAUGGAUUUGAGGCGGCCGGCAUCCGAGAGGAGCGCGGCGAGGAGGUGCUGGUGGAGCUGGCCGAGAACGGCAAGAAAGUGGUCAUCAACAAGGACGACAUCCAGAAGAUGAACCCCCCCAAGUUCAGCAAGGUGGAAGACAUGGCCGAGCUCACUUGUCUGAAUGAGGCGUCUGUGCUGCACAACCUGAAGGACCGCUACUACUCGGGGCUCAUAUAUACAUACUCGGGCCUCUUCUGUGUGGUCAUCAACCCCUACAAGAACCUCCCCAUCUAUUCAGAGAACAUCAUUGAGAUGUACAGAGGGAAGAAGAGGCACGAGAUGCCUCCACACAUCUAUGCCAUCUCUGAGUCAGCAUACCGCUGCAUGCUUCAAGACCGUGAGGACCAAUCAAUCCUUUGCACAGGUGAAUCGGGCGCUGGCAAGACCGAGAACACGAAGAAGGUCAUCCAGUACCUGGCCCACGUUGCCUCCUCACACAAAGGACGCAAAGACCACAACAUUCCUCCAGAAUCUCCCAAAGCAUUCAAGCUACAGGGUGAGUUGGAACGCCAGCUCCUGCAAGCAAACCCCAUCCUGGAGUCUUUUGGCAAUGCCAAGACAGUGAAAAAUGACAACUCGUCUCGCUUUGGGAAGUUCAUCAGAAUCAACUUUGACGUCACAGGCUACAUUGUUGGAGCCAAUAUUGAAACCUACCUUCUGGAGAAGUCGAGAGCCAUUAGACAGGCCAAAGAUGAGAGGACCUUCCACAUCUUUUACCGCCUGCUGGCAGGAGCCGGAGAACAUCUCCGAACCGACCUGCUCCUCGAAGGCUUUAACAGCUACCGUUUCCUGUCAAAUGGUAACAUUCCCAUCCCUGGUCAGCAGGACAAGGAUAAUUUCCAGGAAACGAUGGAAGCCAUGCACAUCAUGAGCUUCAACCACGAUGAGAUUGUCUGCAUGUUGAAGGUGGUCUCUGCAGUGCUGCAGUUUGGCAACAUCAUCUUUAAAAAGGAGAGAAAUACCGAUCAGGCAUCCAUGCCUGAGAACACAGCUGCACAGAAGCUCUGCCACCUGCUUGGAAUGAACGUUAUGGAGUUCACCAGAGCAAUUCUUACCCCGAGGAUCAAAGUGGGACGAGACUAUGUGCAGAAAGCACAGACCAAAGAACAGGCUGACUUUGCUGUUGAAGCUCUGGCCAAGGCAACAUAUGAGCGUCUGUUCAGAUGGCUGGUCCACCGCAUCAACAAGGCCCUGGACAGAACCAAACGUCAGGGGGCGUCGUUCAUUGGCAUCCUGGACAUAGCUGGAUUUGAGAUCUUUGAGCUGAACUCGUUUGAGCAGCUUUGUAUCAACUACACCAACGAGAAGCUGCAGCAGCUCUUCAACCACACCAUGUUCAUCCUGGAGCAGGAGGAGUACCAGAGGGAGGGCAUCGAGUGGAGCUUCAUCGACUUUGGCCUCGACCUGCAGCCCUGCAUCGACCUCAUCGAGAGGCCGAAUAAUCCUCCUGGUAUUCUGGCUCUGCUGGACGAGGAGUGCUGGUUUCCCAAGGCCACAGACAAAACCUUUGUGGACAAGGUUCUGCAGGAGCAGGGAACACACACCAAGUUCCAGAAGCCGCGUCAGCUCAAGGACAAAGCUGACUUCUGCAUCAUUCACUAUGCAGGAAAGGUGGACUAUAAAGCUGAUGAAUGGCUCAUGAAGAACAUGGAUCCUCUGAAUGACAACGUGGCCACGCUACUACACCAGUCAACUGACAAGUUUGUGGCUGAGCUGUGGAAAGAUGUCGACCGGAUCGUGGGUCUUGACCAGGUUGCAGGAAUGAAUGAGACCGCGUUCGGUGCCGCCUACAAGACCAAGAAGGGCAUGUUCCGCACCGUGGGUCAGCUGUACAAGGAGCAGCUGUCUAAGCUGAUGGCCACACUGAGGAACACCAACCCCAACUUUGUCCGCUGCAUCAUCCCCAACCAUGAGAAAAGGGCCGGUAAACUGGACCCACACCUGGUUCUGGACCAGCUGAGGUGUAAUGGUGUGCUGGAGGGCAUCCGUAUCUGCAGACAGGGCUUCCCUAACCGCAUUGUCUUCCAGGAGUUCAGACAGAGGUAUGAGAUCCUCACUCCUAACGCCAUCCCCAAAGGCUUCAUGGAUGGAAAGCAGGCCUGUGAGAGGAUGAUUCAAGCUCUGGAGCUGGAUGGAAACCUGUUUCGUAUCGGCCAGAGUAAGAUCUUCUUCAGGGCUGGAGUCCUAGCUCACCUGGAGGAAGAGCGGGACUUGAAGAUCACUGACAUCAUCAUUUACUUCCAGGCUGUCUGCCGAGGAUAUCUGGCACGCAAGGCUUUUGCUAAGAAGCAGCAGCAGCUCAGUGCUCUGAAAGUUCUCCAGAGAAACUGCGCUGCUUACUUGAAGCUGCGUCACUGGCAGUGGUGGAGACUCUUCACUAAGGUGAAGCCUCUGCUGCAGGUGACCAGGCAGGAGGAAGAGAUGCAGGCCAAGGAUGAGGAGCUGGUCAAGGUGAAGGAGAAGCAGACCAAAGUGGAAGGAGAGCUGGUGGAGAUGGAGAGGAAACACCAGCAGUUAAUGGAGGAGAAGAACAUCUUAGCAGAGCAGCUGCAGGCAGAGACAGAGCUGUUUGCAGAGGCCGAGGAGAUGAGAGCUCGCCUGGCUUCCAAAAAGCAAGAGCUGGAGGAGAUCCUUCAUGACCUGGAGUCCAGGCUGGAGGAAGAGGAGGAGAGGACUCAGGGCAUGCAGAACGAAAAAAAGAAGAUGCAGUCCCACAUCCAGGACCUGGAGGAACAGCUCGAUGAGGAGGAGGCUGCCCGGCAGAAGCUGCAGCUGGAGAAAGUGACAGCAGAGGCCAAAAUGAAAAAAUAUGAAGAGGACAUUUUGCUGCUCGAGGACCAGAACUCCAAGUUCCAAAAGGAGAAGAAGUUGAUGGAAGACCGGAUCAACGAGGUGACCACAAUGCUGGCCGAAGAGGAGGAGAAGGCCAAGAACUUGGGCAAGAUCAAGAAUAAGCAAGAGAUGAUGCUGGUCGACCUGGAGGAGAGGCUGAAGAAGGAGGAGAAGACCCGGCAGGAACUAGAGAAGGCUAAGAGGAAACUGGAUGGAGAGACAUCAGACCUGCAGGACCAGAUCACAGAGCAACAGGUCGCCAUGGAGGAGCUCAAAGGUCAAAUGACCAAGAAGGAAGAGGAGCAGCAGAUGAUGCAGGCGAGGGGUGAGGAUGAAGUUAGCCAGAAGAACAACGCUCUGAAACAGGUGAGGGAGAUGCAGGCUCAGCUGUCUGAGCUGCAGGAAGACCUGGAAACAGAGAAACAGGCCAGGAACAAAGCCGAGAAACUCAAGAGGGAUCUGAGUGAAGAGCUCGAGGCCCUUAAAACUGAGCUGGAAGACACGCUUGAUACGACAGCUGCCCAGCAGGAGCUCAGGUCCAAGCGUGAGCAGGAGGUUGCUGAGCUGAAAAAGGCCCUUGAGGAGGAGACUAAAAACCAUGAAUCUCAGAUCCAGGAGAUGAGACAGAGGCAUGGCACAUCCUUGGAAGAGCUGUCUGAACAGCUGGAACAGGCCAAGAGGUUCAAGGCUAACCUGGAAAAGACCAAGCAGAGCCAGGAGAGCGCCAAUAAGGAGCUGACCAGCGAGGUGAAGACCCUGCAGCAGGCAAAGACAGAGUCCGAACACAAGAGGAAGAAACUGGAGGCUCAGCUGCAGGAGUUCAUGGCCAGAGUCACAGAGGGAGAGAGAGCCAAGGGAGAGCUCGCUGAACGUACACACAAACUGCAGACGGAGUUAGACAAUGUGUCAGCCAUGCUGGAAGAUGCCGAGAGGAAGGGGAUCAAGACUGCCAAAGAUGUCGCUGGACUGGAGAGUCAACUACAAGACACACAGGAACUGCUCCAAGAGGAGACACGUCAGAAACUGAACUUCAGCAGCCGUAUGCGGCAGCUGGAGGACGAGAAGAACGCUCUUCAGGAGCAGCAAGAGGAGGACGAGGAGGCGCGCAAGAAUCUGGAAAAACAGAUGUUGACUCUCCAGGCUCAUUUAUCAGAGAGCAAGAAGAAGCUGGAGGACGAUGUGGGAACAAUAGAGGGCCUGGAGGAGAUGAAGAAGAAGCUGCACAAGGACCUGGAGCUGACCAACCAGCGUCUGGAGGAGAAGACUAUUGCCUUUGAAAAGAUGGAGAAGACAAAGACUCGUCUGCAGCAGGAGUUGGAUGAUCUAACCGUGGAUUUGGAUCACCAGAGACAGAUUGUUUCCAACCUGGAGAAGAAACAGAAGAAGUUUGAUCAGAUGCUGGCUGAAGAGAAGAGCAUCUCAGCUCGCUAUGCUGAAGAACGUGACCGUGCUGAAGCGGAGGCCAGAGAGAAGGAGACCAAAGCUCUGUCCAUGACAAGAGCUCUGGAUGAAGCACUGGAGGCCAAAGAGGAGCUGGAGAGGGUUAACAAGCAGCUCCGUGCUGACAUGGAAGAUCUGAUGAGCUCAAAGGAUGAUGUGGGCAAGAAUGUCCACGAGCUGGAGAAGUCCAAGCGCACUCUGGAGCAACAGCUGGAGGAGAUGAAGACUCAGCUGGAGGAGCUGGAGGAUGAGCUGCAGGCCACAGAAGACGCCAAGCUGCGUCUGGAGGUCAACAUGCAGGCCAUGAAAGCCCAGUUUGAGAGAGACCUCCAGGGUCGGGACGAUCAGAAUGACGAGAAGAAGCGAGCGCUGGUCAAACAGGUGCGAGAGAUGGAGGCGGAGUUAGAGGAUGAGAGGAAGCAGAGAGGUCUGGCUGUUGCUGCGAAGAAGAAACUUGAGAUGGAUUUGAAGGAUAUUGAGGGUCACAUAGAGGGCGCUAACAAGGCUCGAGAUGAGGCCAUCAAACAGCUGCGCAAGUUACAGGCCCAAAUGAAAGACUAUCAGAGGGAGUUGGAAGAUGCUCGAGCUUCCAGAGAUGAUAUUUUUGCCCUUUCCAAGGAAAACGAGAAGAAACUCAAAAGUCUGGAGGCUGAGAUUGUACAGCUACACGAGGAUCUGGCGUCAUCUGAGAGAGGUCGGCGUCAUGCUGAGCAGGAACGGGAUGAGCUGCAAGAUGAGAUUUCAAACAGCACGUCUGGAAAGUACGUCACGCACCACAUGGACCACAUGUGGACUCUUUUUCUCCCAAACCUUUUAUGUGGUGACAAACGUUAA